AUGUACACCAUCCGAAGUCUGCCAACAAUGCGAUACAGGGAGCUGGCUGAGAAAGAUGGGAUUGAGGACAUGACACAGCUGGAAGAGCUCAGUGAAGCUGGCGUGUUGUUAAACUUGAAGAAAAGGUUUGACCAGGAGCUGAUUUAUACGUACAUAGGCAGUAUCCUGGUGGCUGUAAACCCGUACAAGAUGUUUAACAUCUAUGGAACAGACAAGGUGCUGCAGUAUGAGGGACACUCACUGGGAGAGAACCCUCCGCAUCUUUUUGCUAUUGGAAAUAUUUCUUACACAACGAUGAUGGAUGCCAAACAGAACCAGUGCAUUAUUAUCAGUGGGGAAAGUGGCUCAGGCAAGACAGAAGCUACAAAACUUGUUCUGCGAUAUUUAACAGCAAUACAUCACAAGCGAAAUAUCACACAACAGAUUCUUGAAGCAACUCCCCUCUUAGAAUCAUUUGGAAAUGCCAAAACUGUCCGCAAUGAUAACUCAAGUCGGUUUGGGAAAUACGUGGAGAUUUUCUUGGAGGAGGGUGUGAUCAGCGGUGCCAUAACCUCACAGUAUCUACUUGAGAAGUCCAGGAUUGUAUUUCAGGCCAAACAUGAAAGAAAUUAUCACAUUUUCUAUGAGAUGCUUGCAGGCCUUCCCUCCCCGCAGAGGCAGUCAUUCUACCUUCAGGAGGCAGAAACAUACUAUUAUCUCAACCAGGGUGGUGACUGUGUGAUUCCAGGGAAGAAUGAUGCGGAGGACUUCCACAGGCUGCUCAAUGCCAUGGAGAUCCUCAGCUUCAGCGCUGAAGACCAGAACAGCAUCUUCAGGGUCCUGUCCUCUGUUCUGCACCUUGGGAAUGUGUUCUUCGAGAGAUAUGAGACUGAUUCCCAGGAGGUAGCAUCAGUAGUGAGUGCUCAGGAAAUUCGUGUGGUGGCUGAAUUGCUCCAGAUUUCACCAGAAGCACUGCAGAAAUCUAUUACCUUCAAAGUAACGGAAACAAUGAGAGAGAAGAUAUACACUCAUCUGACAGUAGAAAGUGCAGUCGAUGCCAGAGAUGCUGUUGCCAAGAUCUUGUACUCCCUUCUGUUCAACUGGCUCACAGAAAAGAUAAAUGGGGUUGUUUACCCAAGAAAUGAAGCCCUAUCUAUCUCCAUUCUUGAUAUUUAUGGAUUUGAGGACCUUACAUUCAACAGCUUUGAGCAGCUCUGUAUCAAUUAUGCAAAUGAGUACCUUCAGUUCUUUUUCAAUAAGAUUGUGUUCAAGGAGGAGCAGGAUGAAUACAGCAGAGAGCAGGUCAGCUGGAACGAAGUGACGUUCAGUGACAACCAGCCGUGUAUGGAUCUCAUUGCCUCAAAGCCCCAUGGGAUACUUAGAAUCUUAGAUGAUCAGAGCUGUUUCCCACAGGCCACGGACCACACCUUUCUUCAGAAGUGUCACUAUCAUCAUGGCAGUAAUCUUCUCUAUGAAAAGCCAAAGAUGCCCCUGCCGGAGUUCUCCAUAAAGCACUAUGCAGGAAAAGUCACUUACCAGGUUCACAAGUUCCUGGAUAAAAAUUAUGAUCUGCUGCGCCAGGAUGUUCUUGAUCUCUUUAUUCAAAGCAAAAAUAGGAUGGUGGCAAACCUCUUCAGGAACCAUGCUGAUCUCCUGGGCCAGCAGAAGUCGCACCUGAGGAAGAACAGCACAGUCACUCGGCGUUAUCAGGCCUCGACGGUGGCUGCCAAGUUUCAACAGUCCCUCCUGGAGCUGGUGGAGAAGAUGGACAGGUGCAACCCAUUUUUUGUGCGUUGCAUAAAGCCAAAUAAUAACAAGGAUCCUGAUAUGUUUGACAUGGAGUUGGUCAGCACCCAGUUACGCUACUCUGGAAUCUUGGAAACCAUUCGCAUCAGGAAGGAAGGUUACCCUGUCAGAGUGCCCUUUUUCACCUUCCUCAACAGGUAUAAGGCCCUGCUGGGUCUGCAACAAACCCCUCCAGCUGAUGGAGAGAACUGCAUCAUCAUGCUGAAGAAGUUAUGCCCGGUUAAGAAGGAGGCUUAUCAGGUGGGAGUCACCAAGCUCUUUAUGAAAGAGGAGCUCCACCAGCUUCUGGAGAGCAAGAGAGACCGUGUGAGGCAUGUGGCGGCCAUCAUGCUCCAGCGCUAUGCUCGCAUGUUCUUCGCCCGAAGGAGCUUUCUGCUGUUCCGCAUGAGGAUCAUCAGAUUUGAGGCCCACUGUCGUGGUUUCCUUACCAGAAAACGCUGCUUGAAGAUGAGAAAGAGCUUGGUAAAGUUCCGCUCUUUAGUCCUCUUGUACGUCAAUCGCAAGAGAUACGUUGAGACAAAGCUGGAGGCUAUGAGACAGGCAGAAGAAGAAAGGCUGCGAAUUGAAGAAGAGCUGACGAGAAGAGAAGUGGUCAAUGUUACUCACUUGGCCAUUCCUGCAGAGCUUGGAGGGUUAUUACAAACAGCAGCAGCGGGCAGAGAGCUACACUCAGACUGCCUUGCUUUGGUUCAGGCUCCAAAGAUACAGGUUGAGUCUGAGCUUACACUGCCUCUUGACAUCAACAAUUACCCCAUGUCCAAGUACAUCCAGGCUCAGUUCAGGGAGCCAAAGUUUGGAAUGUUGACUGCCCCAUUAGAAAUGUCUCUCACGCAUGUGGAUGAGGAUCUAAUUCAGGAGGCCCUCAGCAUCUUCAUAAUGGUCUUGAGGUUCAUGGGCGACCCUCAUCUCAAUGGAGCUCAGGAGAACAUGUUCGGAAAUUACAUCAUCCAGAAGGGGCUGUCCUCACCGGGCCUGCGGGAUGAGAUCCUGUCUCAAAUUGCCAAUCAAGUCUGCAGAAACAAUAACCAAGUCAACGCAGAGAGAGGCUGGUUGCUCAUAUCAGCCUGUCUGAGUGCGUUUGCCCCAUCAGAGAAAAUGGACAAGUGUCUUCUAAAGUAUGUCUCAGACUAUGCCUACAAUGGCUACAAAGCUGUGUGCCAACACAGGCUCAUCCAGGCCAUGCAGAAGUCCAAAUGUGGGCUGGAAACAGCUAGGACAUAUCCACUGUCUCUGCUGGAGUGGACUGCCAACAGGAAGAGAGCAAACAUGGUGCUGCAAGUACUCUGCUUUGAUGGGGCAUCGUUCCUAUGUCCUGUUCACUCAUGGACCUGUGGGGAAGAAUUGGCUGGGCACAUACUGCAGCACAGGGGGGUGACAGAGGGAUGGAGAGGAUGGUCCAUCCUCAUGAAGGAACAUGGACAAUGGGUGGAGCUGGAGGGACAUGACUAUGUCAUGGACCUCAUCUCUGACAUGGAGCUGACAAGCGACUUCCCCAAGCAGAAAUCCUACUUCAUCAUCUCCUCUGAGGACCCCAGCAGGACCCGACCCAAUGCCACCAUUAGUCUCUUUGGGAGUGGGUUUGAGUCAGAUGAAGACAGCCCCCUUGCCCAUGCCAUGAGGCGCCCAGCCAUGCCUAGCUCCAGCCUUCCUGAUUCGGAUGGGUACUACAGCCACAUGGAGGCAGACAGCCUCAGUGAAGGUCCUACACAGAAGGGCAUGGACCGUUACCUGGACAGCCUCUUUGACCCAGUGCUGUCAUACGGCAAUGGGGAUCUGGACAGACCAGCCAGCAUGUCCAACAGGAUGAAGGGGGGUGGAGGGAUUGGAAGAGGCGACAGUGAUAGAACAGAGCCAGGUGCCAGCGGACCUCACUCCGCAGGGUGGCAGUCUGGUGCAGUCCAAGUGCUGCCCAUGGUAAGAGGAGUCACACCAGGAACACCAUCAAUGCCAGCAGUGCCUGUUAUGCCAGUGAUGCCCAAUGUGCCAGGCGCAGAACAGACCGUACUGACACAACAGCAGCAAGCCAUUAUCAACCAACAAGCAAUAAUUAUGGCCCAGCAGAUGACCAUGCAGGCCAUGGCCAUGGUCAGCAGUCCCAUGACAAGCCCGCUCACCAGUCCGCCCACCAGCCCACUGGUGAGCCCGUAUGCCAGCUACCCUGCCAGCCCCUACACCAGCCACCCCACCAGCCCCCAGGUUCAGCACAACCCUCCCAAGAGCUUGACCCCUCUGCCUCGAGCCAACACAGCCACACCGACCAAAACAUCAGCAAAAGGCAGUCUCUCCCGCAAGCAGGCCCCGGCUCCACCCUCCCAAUACAAAACUGUCGUGUCCCCGGGCCCAGUUCGCACGGUGCCCCCCGAGGACGUGGUGAGAUCCUCCACCACCAACUCAGAGCACAUAGUGCCAAGCCAUAACAUCAAGGACAUCAUCAAACAGUACCAAUCACCUCCCCCUACCCUACCCCCAGAGAGAAAAAGAAAGGAGGGGAAGGUGUUUGUGAAGAAGAUGGACCCCCAUGAUGAAGCCAUGAUGAUCUUAAAAGGACAGAUGAAUGCUCAGCCACCCCCUAAGGCAGAGAAGCAGGCUGCUGGAGGGGUUCGACCAGCCCGGAGCAGCCUGGUCAAAAAAUCUCAGGCCCCAACACCAGUGGGCCUCCGGAGGGGCCCCGGCCCUCCACCCCCACCGGUGUCCCGGGAGCUCCCGGUGGAGGAUGAGACCAUCCAGACCCAGCUGCACAGGAGGAGCAGUGAGGAGCACUACACCUACUCAAAUGUGCCCUGGAAGAUGUUUCUCAGGAAGGAGGUUUUCUACCCAAAGGACAGCUUUAACAACCCACUAGUUUUGGAUCUCAUAUUCAAGCAGAUAGUCAAUGACACUUUUUCAGAGGCAUGCAUACGCAUCACCAAAGAGGAAAGGCUGAAAAUGAAAUCUCUGUUUGCGGAGCAUAAAAUCGAGCCGAGCUCAGCCGGCCAUGAUGAGACCGUGAAGAAGAAGAUUGUCGCUGCCGCCAGGGAUUCCUGGGAGAUUUACUUCUCACGACUGUUCCCAGCAUCUGGGAGUGUGGGUACAGGGGUCCAGGUCCUAGCCGUUUCACACAGCGGGAUCAAACUUCUGAAGAUGGUGAAGAGUAGUGCUGCCGCCCCAGAUUACUUCAGAGUCUUGCGGCCUUACAGCUACACGGAUAUCAUGUUUGUCACGAUACCUUCCAAGAACAUGCUGGAGUUCAAUCUGACCAAUGAGAAGCUCAUUCUGUUUUCUGCUAAAGCUCCAAAUGUCAAAAAUAUGGUCGACUUCUUCAUCACAGACUUAAAAAAGGAUUCCGACUAUGUGGUCGCGGUGCGGAAUCACAUCACGGAGGACAGGACCCUUCUGAGCUUCCAUAAGGGUGAUGUCAUCAAACUGCAGGCUAUGGAGGGCCUAAAACAAGGCCACUAUUAUGGUUGCGUUGUAAGAAAGAAGGUGACCCCCCUGGAGGAGUUAAAAAAAGACACGCCCGACUUUGGCUGGAAGUUUGGAGCAAUGCAUGGCCGCUCAGGGAUCUUUCCUGCGGAGCUUGUCCAGCGCGUAGCUGCUCCAGACUUCAUCAGCUUGCCCGUGGACAGGAAGGAAGAGCCCAAGAACAAGCAGGGCAGGGUGGCUGCGAGCGCAGCCGUGGCUGUGGCUGUGGGUUCAGCCAUGGCGGCCCACGAGCUAGACCGAACCAUCGAGGUGGCACCCACUGGCAAUGAAUUUGGCAAUGACAGUAACAUGGACAUAGAUGACAGGAUGCUGCAAGACAGCCAGUACAAUCUAGUAGAGUUUGCCAAGAAAUACUUCAGAGCAGCGCAGAGGAAGAACAGGUCAGUAAUUUUGUACGGAGCUGAUUCAUAUAAACAGAAGUCAAAGAAAGGCAAGGAUUCCACAGAGCCAUCUGACAUGGUGAAAUACACCAAGUCUCCAAUCCACGAGUCUUUGAUAGACUUCACUGAUGAUAACAUGAACAAAGUGGCAGCAGACAUUUUCCUAGCUGUGAUGAGGUUCAUGGGAGACGCUCCUCUCAAAGGCCAGACAGAGCAAGAUGUCGUCAGCUCAUUUCUGAAGCUCAUUGGAGAAUAUGGACUGAUGAAGGAUGAGGGUUACUGCCAGGUCUUAAAACAGAUCACCGCCAACACCAGCUCGAAAGCAGACAGCUGCCAGAGGGGCUGGAGGCUGCUGUAUAUUCUCACGGCAUAUUACCGCUGCUCUGAGGUGCUGAAGCCCCACGUGUUCAAGUAUCUGCAGGACGUCUGCAAGAGCCCGGGAGUACUCUUCCAAGGGAUUGCUAAAGCCUGCGAACAGAACCUGAGGAAGACCUUUCAGUACGGUGGACGGAGUGAAUUCCCCAACAGCAUGGAGCUGAAAGCCAUGAUGGCUGGCCGAAGCUCCAAGCGGCAGCUUUUUCUUCUCCCGGGUGGAAUUGAGCGUCACCUUAAAAUCAAAACAUGUUCAAUUGCUCUGGAUGUUAUUGAGGAGCUGUGUUACGAGAUGGCUCUGCAAAGCCACGAAGCCAUAGAUGAGUACGCUGUUUUUGUGGUCAUAAAUACAGGUCAGAAUGUCCGCCCUCUAAACAAGAGGGAGUACAUCCUGGAUAUUGCCACAGAGGCUGAGCAAAUCGACAGUAACUACAGCUUCUGGUUCAGAAGAGUGAUCUGGUCCCAGCCACUAAAGUUUGACAAUGAGCUCUGCGUCACCGUGCAUUACAAUCAGGUGCUUCCAGACUACCUGAAGGCCCUGCUCAAUGUUCUACCCCAGGGGAAGGUCAGCGAGCAGCUCUUACAGCAGGUUGCCAAGCUGGCUGCCUUACAGCACCGCGCCAAGGACAGCAUCUAUGUCCCCACCACGCACGAGGCCCAGGAAUGCAUCCCUCCUCAGCUGUAUGUGCGGCAGCGGCCCCAGCAGUGGGUGGGCAUGGUGACCCAGCACAUGCAGCAGGUUCAGGCCCUGAGCCCUCACCAGGCCCGAGCACAAUUCCUGGGACUGGUCAGUGCCUUUCCUAUGUUUGGCUCAGCCUUCUUCUACAUCCAGAGCAGCAGCAACAGCUCCAUUGUGGCUCCUUGUGUUCUGGCUGUCAAUCAGAAUGGACUGAAUUUCCUGGAUAAAGACACACAUGAGCUGAUGGUGAAGUUCCCUCUGAAGGAAGUGCAGUCCACACGAACGCAGAGACCAUCGGCUGGGUCUAGCUUUCCAUAUGUUGAGAUCACGCUGGGGGACCUGACUUCUCAGCACGUAACACAGAUCCAGCUAGAGCAGGGCCUGGAACUGUGUCGUGUUAUUGCCAUGCACAUGGAUAACCUGCUCUCAGUUCGGGAAAAAAGAUUGACUCUGCCCCCUAGCGAAAUCACUCUGCUUUAAAAUGGCCUCCUCCAGUGAGGUGUUGCGCCACCCGAACAGCUCCAAAAACGACUCAGUGAAAGGCAACUCAUCAUAUCUUAAACUUCAACUACCUCUUGAUGGCAGCAAGUUUUGUCAACAUUUUCCGUUUGCUUAGAGUUCUUGUUUUCCUCUCCAAACACAGUUAAAGGAUUUUCUUCAAUCAAUGUGCUUGUAAACUAUGAUUUCAGUUGGUGGUAAGAUUAAUCUUUUAAAAGCCUUGAGAAAAUAUCGCUAAAUUUCUUGUGAAAAUGCAUUUUUUUGGUUUUAAUUCAAGGAAGCAAAUUACAGCUAUGCAAGACAUAACAGCUACGAAAGCCAUCUUUCCCCAAAAACCCAAUGUUGUAAUUAUGGAAAGAUCCAAUGAUAGGUUUGCUUACUGAUGUAUGUUGAUUUGUACUCCACUGUAAUACAUGCAUAAAUAUGUAUUGCCUACCUGUGUGGAUAUUGUUGUGCAUGAAGGACAACAAAACAAAAUUCAAAGCAAUAUUUUUG